GGAGCGACAGGCAUCGGGCCCCCAGGCAGAGUGACAGGCAUCGGUCCCUCAGGCGGAGCGACAGGCAUCGGGCCCCCAGGCGGAGCGGCGGGCAUCGGGCCCCCAGGCGGAGCAACGGGCGCCGGGACCCCAGGUGGAGCGGCGGGCGCCGGGCCCCCAGGCAUCAGGUCAUUUGGCUCGCCAGCAGGCACCGCGUCAUCCGGCAAGGGCAGUGGGCACCGAGUCACCAGGCACGACAGUGGGUUCCGAGUCAACUGGCAUGACCGCGGGCACUGGGUCAGACAUUGGAUCAUCUGGCUCGACAGCGGGCAUCGGGUCACCAGGCAUCAGGCAUCAGGCUGGGUACAGACAUGAGGCUGGGUAGAGAC